AUGUCUACAACAUCGUUCUCUCUUGUACUUCUUCUUGUUAUUUUUGCCUGUUUUGUGGCUGUUGAUGCUCAAUGGGGAUAUGGAUAUGGAAGUGAGUUGAUGUUCUGAAUUUGAGCAAUUUUCUUAUUGAUUGUUUUCAGGACCUUAUGGUGGUUAUGGUGGAUACGGACGUGGAUAUGGAUACGGUAGACCAUGGGGAAGACCAUUCUAUGGAGGAUAUAGACCAUACGGUGGAUAUGGAUGGGGAAAAUAA